CAAAGAGUUACCUGCAGUGAAAAGCAAGAUGGGCUAUGAAUAAGAUUCUUUAUGUUGAUGUAUCAUUCUUAGGCCAAACUUUUAGUAGUCUGUGCUUUAGACAUAUCCAGAAAAAAAAAUGAACUUCCGUUGAAAAUACGAACGUUUUCGGUCUAAUUAUUUCUUUUAAAGAAAAUAAAAGCUUAUUGUUUUAAUUUCGUAUAUUGGAAAUGAAAGGUGGGUUGCAGUGAAUAAAGACAUCAGUUGAGUGAUUUUCUCGAAGACAGUAUCUCUAAAAGUGAUGUCUGAAUGAAUUUCUCACGCUUUCUAGAUAUUCAAUCAUGGUGGGAAGUGCCCAGCAUCGCUUAUUUUUGCUCCUUAUUCAGGACUGCAUUCAAUCUCUUGGAUUUUGACAUCGAGGAAUUGGAAGAGGCUCUCUUGACAGAUGGGACAGAGGAAUCUGCAAGUUCGCUGCUAACAGAGUUGAUUGUAAGACUGUUGAACGGUUGUUUGGGUAACAAUGACAUCUCUGCGUUUAAUUAUCAGAUGUAUUUGAGGCGGUUGUUCAGAAGAAAAUGUCAAGAAACAGGGAGAUACAAUCCCUUCAAUACAGAUAUUGAUUUUCAAUUCUUACCUCUACGCACUAAAGUUGAGAUUUUAUAUGCUUUGUGUGAUUUUCGGUUAGAUGCUGAAGAUGUUUUUGAUUUGUUUAAAAACCUUGAGGCUGAAAGUUUACGAGUUGAACCAUUAGGUUGGGAUGACAAUGAUUCAGCAUAUUGGUAUUUUUAUGGGACAAGGCUUUAUCGAGAAGAUACACUAAAGAAGUCGAAAAGUAAAAAAAAGAGAAAAGGGAAAGAUAGUAAGAAGAGAGGUUGGUUUUAUGGUGAUGACUGGCUUGACGAUGAUGACACAGAUAAAGUUUGGCAAGUGGUGUGCUUCACUGAAGAAGACUGGGCCCACCUGACAGAGAAGUUCAGCAAGGCCACAAGCAAAGUUGAAAAGGAACUUUACCGAUCCCUAUCACAAAACUUUUUACCUGAAAUUCCUCGACUAUUCCAAGAAAAAGAAAAGCUCCAACGCAAAAGGUUACUGGAAUUGCCGCGACGUACAUCGAGUCGUGUGCUGCAAAAAAUUAAACAGAAGGAAGAAGAGAACAAACAGAGCACACAUGACGUCAAAGACGAGGACGAGAGGAAGGAAACAUCCGAUAUUGCUCGAGAGAACCGAGCCAAACGCAGAAACUUACUGAGGUCUAAAUCUGUUUCCUCGGACUCUUCUGAUAGCUCCGAAGCUGCAAAAGACGAAAUGCCUCAAAAGGCUUUAAAACUAUCAAAAGUACAGGAGAGAAAAUCAAAAAUCCCUUCAACUACUCAUAGGAGGGAGACACCACCAGACCCACCAGUCAAAACUGGAAGAAAAACUAAUAAUUCAUUAGCUUCUGCAACAGGCCAAAUUGUGAUACCAGAUAAUGACGAGCCCGUUAAUAGCACCAGAAAAAAGUUGAAGACAUCUCAAAUAUUUAGUCAAACUGAUGAGGACAUACAAACUGAUAUGUAUAAAGUUCUGGAACAAUUGACUGCCCAUGAAGACGCCUGGCCUUUUAUGGAUCCAGUAGAAGAAGAAUACGCGCCUAAUUAUUACGCCGUUAUAAGGCGUCCUAUGGACUUACGAAAAAUGGAAGAAAGACUUGACAGUGGAUACUAUACGGAUUUCUCAAUGUUUAAGGCUGAUUUUAAGCUUAUUGUAAACAAUUGUCGCUUAUAUAAUGGACAAGAUAAUGAAUACACUCUUAUGGUGGACAAUUUACAAACAGCAUUUGAUCGCUUAACAGAAAAAUACAUGCACAGAAUUUCUUCAUCAGAUGAAGAAAUUGCCGUAGAGUAUCAAUUGCCUACGCCAUCUAGGAAACAUAAACUCAAAUCCAGUGAUUCAGGAAGCCAUCAUAAAAGGAAAAAAAGGAAAUCCCAUUCUGAAACAGGUGAACCGAAAUCGAGUACAUCAGAUAUUCUACAAGAAGAUGAAAAACAAGAUGAAAAAGUUCCCGAGGCAGAAAUAAAAAAGCCUAAAGAAUCGCAUAAAAGUAAGGAUGGUAAAAUAAAGAAAAAACGUAAAGGCCAUCAUCGUCAUGGAAAACAUUCCAAAAAUCAUAAGAAAAAGUCAUUUAAAUCAGAACAUGGCGAAUCAUAUAAAUCUAAACAUGCCAAAAAGCAGAAACAUGCUAAAAAUAAAGAGAAAAAAUCUAAACAGAAGAAGAAGAAAAGCAAACACCAUGAAUUGGAAACAAAUGAGGAAAUGAAGAGAACUUUGUCACGUGAAUCAUUGGAAAGCUCCAAUAGAAGCCGAAGUGCGAGUCCUUUGCCAUCUAUUCACUCCCCGACACCAUCUCCUACAGAACUCGACCAGCCGGAGACACAGGAGCAACUGGGCGAUCCCAACUUUUUUAAAGAUAAGUAUGACAAAAUUAAGGAAAGAAGACGGCAUGCCGCCAAAGAUGCUUGGGAUUCCCUAUUUGAGUACAAACAGAAAGCGGACAAACAAAAACAAAAUAUUAAUAUUCCUGAAAAAGAUAAAAAUCAAAAGUUGAGAGAAACAAUUGAAAAACUUAAAGCUAAAAAUGAGAAGUAUAAAGAUAGUACAGUUUUUAACAAUUUUUUUACUCCAAAUCAUGGUAUUAUUGAUAAGAUAUCGGAUUUGAGUAAUACAAAUGAAUCAUCAAAUAAAGAUUCUGAAGAUGUUGAUGACGAGAUCCAAAAGAACAAAUGUAAAAAAGGACAGAAAAAAAAUACAGCUAAAAACGAAUCAGCAUCAGAAGCAUUAGAGCAAGCUGUUAAGGAUAUAAGCAAAUGGCUAGAUGAUGCACCUAAAAGUUCUACUUUAAGUUCUCCAUCUAACAGCCCUGCACAAACUAUAUCUACUGAAGAACAAGACAAUAGCCGAUUGGAUGACGAAUUUUCUCAAGGAGAAAAAUCUUUACAAACCCGUAAAGAGCUAUCACGCAAACGGCUGUCGUCGCGUGAACCAAAAUUGUUGAAAAGACGUGAAAUUCAACGCACUAUAGAGAGAUUGCAACCAGGCAAAAGCAAGGGAAAUUUACUCACUAAUAUAAGUACUAAGACAGAAAAAAUGGAAGAGGUUGUCACCCUUGGACCUCUUAAUAAAAUUCGUGAUACAGUUAAAGCGGAUGAAUCUAGUCCAAAAUUAAGUUUAGGAUCUGUAUUACCAACAGUUGAAUUUACUCUAGGAAAUGAGCAUGCUUUCGGGAACGAAGAAGAAAAUAAUUCUAAAGAACAAAACAAACCUCCGGCGCCAGUCUCCGACGAAAAUGAUAAAGAAGAAGAUAAACCGGUUAAAAAUAAAACUGAGAGCGUGCAAGUUCAAUCAAAUAAAAAAGAUGCUGAAGUAGAGACUGAACCACCAUCUACUACAAAACCAUCGCAAGAAAAAGCAACUCCAAAUCUCAGUGCAUGGUUUAAGGCUUUUGGUGCACCAAAAAAUACAUCUACUACAUUAUCAAGUGCUAAAAAGAAAGUUGAUGAUAUGGAUACUGAAGAAAAACCCGCUGAAGCACCGACUAAUGAUAACAAACUUGCAGCAAGCCCUAAAAACAUGGCGAAAUAUGACUCUCCCACCGACCCUGAUACUCCUAAUCUUGAUGGUGGAGAUAGUCCUUUACCUAAUGUUUCUGCUACCCCAAGGCAAAGAAGAACUAGCACAGGAAGUUCAGUAUCAGAGAGAUCAUCUUUCAGUCAAGACCUUGAUUCGCCAAGACACCAAAUGUCACAUACAUCACCACUAUUGCGCUCUCCUGCGUCUCCUAGAACAGAAGAUUUUCAAAAAAUUACUUAUCCUAUUAUCAACGGCACAGUGCGAGCUGGUUUCUAUCAUGAUACAACAUCUAUUAAAAGUAGUCCUGAGAAAAGUUGCAGCCCAAAAGAAGGUCCGCAGUCUCCAUACUCACCAUAUUCUCAACAUGUUUAUGUAUCAAAUAAUGUCACUGGGUCAUCAACACCUAACUAUUUUAUUGAUCAUAGCAAAAGUCCUAUGUCAACAUACAGUCAUAAUACAGCUUCAUUUUAUGACGCACCUAAGCCUCCUGUCGUGAAUAAAACAGUGCGUCCUCAAGAAGAUUAUACAACAUUGAGUCCUGAGCUUUAUCAGCAAAAUCAAUACACAGGCCAGUUCGCGCAUACUUACUCUCCCUAUAAGCAAGCACCACCAUCGACUUAUUCCCAAAUUCAACAUGUUUCUCAACAUUCAACAACUACUUCUGCAGCAUCUGCUGCACCGGUACAAAUGAUUGCAGACUCUAAAACUAAUUUGUUCCCUGUUAAGAAACGUUCAUACACGGAGCCAGAACAGACGUCGAUAAAUUCUAAGAGCUCAGAUGUCAAAGAUAUGUCAGGAACAACUCAAAACAAAAACGAAUUUUCGAAGAUGACGCAGUCACUACAUUCACUAUCCACUGCAUCUGUUGAUGAUAUUGCAUUAGCACUUGGUGAGAAAUCUGAGAUGGCAAAAUUGAAUUGCUUGCGGGAGAAAUCAAGUCCUGAUUACAGUGACAGGCGUGUCGUCGACAAUAGAGAAAAUAUUAAGUAUGAAAAUAAUGAAUCGACUGAUAAGAAAGAAGCUGUCAUGGUGGAACCUAAUAAACCAGUAACCAGUAUGAAAAAAGACAAUAUUGAUAUGGUAAAUAUGGGGUAUUUGAACAAUGAUGUCGAUCGCAGACAUAAUGGAGAAACGCAUGAUGAUUACAAUGCCAGAGAAAUUCCAAAAGUAAACACAAUCUCACCCCAGAAAGUAUACGAUGUUGACGCGAUAGCUCUUAAUCUCGGCAUAAAUCCACCAAUCCCUAAAUCAAUCGCAAAGUCGACAGUCACUCCCAGUAAUAUUCCACCUGCUCAUUCACAGCACAGUGACAUUAGUUUGUCUCAGAUAAUGGCACAUCACAGUCAAUACGAUCCUAUUUCUAGUGGCCAACCUUUAAGCAGUUUUUCAAUUAAUGAUAUAGAAUUAGCUAACAAAAAGCUAUUCGCUGGUAAUGUCCCUUCUUCAUCAGCAGCACUAGACUACGGAAACUGGAAAAUGACAAAUCAAAUAAGAAAACAAGACAUACUACCAUCGGAUUAUUCCACACCCUACAGUGUAAAUAAUGCAGAAAAAUUAAAAUCUGAUUUGAGUGCAUCAAAUCCCAAUACACUAAAUUUCAAUAAAAAUGUACAACAUCAACAAUACAAUGCUUAUAAUGUACCGAGGACAAACACACAAAGAACUCAAGAUAUACAACAGAAUCUCCCAGCCGAAUUGCGUAUUCCCAAUCCAAGAGGUCUAGUUAAAAAUGAACACCUCAAUGUUACAUCCUCUGUUGGAGAAGCUGAAUUAAUUUCGAAAAACAUUGAUAGCCAUGCAAAAUCACAAAAAAGCGAAAAACUAAUUCAAAGUCAUCCUUUGGUUACAUCUAAUCCGUAUAAAACCAAUUAUAACAACCAUUCAUCAAUACCUUUGGAAAGUUUACGGAAUUUAUCUAGUAUACCACAAAUAUUGGAACGAUAUACUACUGACGAAAGAUAUUUACCGACAUUCGCUAACAGUUCAACCGGUUUGUAUCAUGAAAAGCCAUUCCAAAUGGCACAAAUGUUUAAUAAAACUAUAUCACCUGAAAUGCACCCAACUAGUACCGCUGUCCCUAUGCAACCAUCAGCAUCAAUAACUAAAGACAAUGGCACUUACAAGUCCUCAGCACUUUCAGCUCAACCAGAUACAAAGUCCAAAAAUAAAAGAAAGAAGACAUCAGAAACUAAAUCACCAAUUGUAGGAAGCCAAUCAUAUCAUGCUGCUUGUGGUAGUGAUGUGUUAUCUUCGGUUAAAACAAGUAUGCUCCCUGGAAGUGCUUUCAAUUUUGGGACUACUCCCAACAUGGCUCUCGGAACUAGUAUAUAUAGUGACACUGGUGGUUUUUCAAUAGAAGAUUUUCGAAAUACAACGGCCAAUCAACUUAUGGCUGCAAAUUAUAUGGUAGCAGCUGUGGCGCGUCAGCAGCGGAAUAGUGUCGAAGGUAAUACUGAGAAACUGGUGAAACCAGCUCAUCAGAACUCUGGUCAUACAACAGGCUCGUUUCCUUACAUUGGACAUUCACAAGUACGCGCUGGAUAUCCUUUUGUCAGUACCGACCCACCACCUUUGUAUCAUCGAUAUCUGCAACAACGGCAAGAAGAAUUACUGCGACAAACGGGAGCCCAGAUUAUGGGGCUGUAUCCAUCUGGGUACCCGGCGAGCUUAGGUGUUAGACAACCUUAUGAUUCUAUUAACCGACCUUCAUGGCUCUAAAUUCAAUGGUAGAAUAGCUUCACCUAUAAACCUUGAAAUCUAUUAUAAUCAUAAAUGUGACAGUUGUUGUAGGAAAACGUAAUUUAUAUUGUUUCUAGAUUCAAAGUAGCAUUUUUGUAAAAAUAUUUAAUAUACAUACAUGGUUCUUAUUUACAUCAUGACAAGUUUAUCUUUCGUAGAACAAUUAACAUAUUAUUCCUUUGAUGUCGUGGAUAUAUAUUUAUAUUAAUAUCAGACCCUGUGAUUACUAAAUUGAGACUGCUUCUCAAAAACCCAAUAGUAUUAAUAAUUAAAACGAUAUUAAAGACAUGUUCUAUGAGUUGCCUUUUAUAUUAUGUAAUUGUCUGUAAACUUUUGACCAUUUUAUGUUCUUGCCUCAUAGUCUAUAAACAUUGAUAUUGAUUUUAAUAAGUUUACUAUACCACUAUGUUAUCCAUUCACAUUGAUUUUACAGUAUUUAUUGCCAUUUCCGUUACCCCAUACCUGUCCAAUAUUCGGAUAUUAGAGGCAGUCAUUAUCACUGAUAGUUCGUUCACACUUACCUGAGAAUAUUAUAUUUUAUUUUAAGUUAUAAAGCUUUUAAGCUUCUUAUUAGCUUUAAUUUACGAAUAUUAUGUUAAAGUAACUAUGGUUUUUAAGGUCACAUAAUAAUGAAAUUGUUAUUUAAUAAUUUUUAUAUUUUAUGUUAUACUUAAUUUAGAUUGUUGUGUAAAUAUUUCUCUAUUUACAAAUAAUGUUUUAGCAUUUUACAAUAAGUAUAUUUUUGUUAGAUAAGUUUUGACUAUAAUUCAUGAAUGAAUAGUAUUAAUGAAAUCAUAUAAGAUAUAUUAAAAAAUCUUCUUGUGUAAAAAAUGAAAAUAAAGAUUUUCGAAAACUUU